ACUUGCGAUUUCACAUAGUUUCGUUUCUUCACGGUUAAGGAAGUAUGAAUGCUUACUCGUCGUCAGACAAAACAAAAAAGAUGCAGACCUUUACAUGUUUCGCCUUUUUAUAUUUGAUAACCAACGCUGAAGCUCAGCAGCAAAUAUCUGUGAAAUGUGGCGCUGAUAUAAGGCUCCAGUGUUCAGCAGAAAUUGAAAAAGGUGUAAUAUACAGAUCCAUACGCUGGUAUAAGGUUCUCACUCCAGAUCUUCUAAAUGGCAUUGUUUAUAUAAAUAUGAAUAGCAGUAUGGUUAAAGUAUACAAUGGCUUUAAGAGAUCAUUUGAAUUUACCUCGGAUGAUGUUUUAUCACUUAUAAUGAAGAAUUCUACUGAGGAGGAUGGAGGAACAUACCAAUGUUUUCUUUCAGCACCUCUUGGACAGCAAAGCAGGAAAGGAGAAAUACAAGUAAAGAUUUUAGGUUGCUCCAAAGGCCAAAUUGAAUCAAUUCUCAGUACAUGCAUUUACCUCAUGACUGCAUUGUUAUCUGUUACCUUGAUUGCUUUUAUUUUGAUUAUCCACUCAAACUAUAAAAAAUACCACUCACCAUAUAAAGAACUUCUGCUUACAAAACCAUGAAGAAAUUACAUCUUUCUCAUCCUGGUUUUGGUUUUAAAAAUUACGCAGUUUGGCUAGAGAUUUUUGUGCCACCUUAUUUUAAUUUUUUUAAAAUGAUGAUGAGAAUUUUUAUACUGUAUAUUAAUCAAAGCUGUAACACAACCUGGCUCAGUGCAUAGAAUGAGUACCCACAUACCUAGUUGUAUUCUUAAAACUAUUGUACUAGUUCAUAUACAGUGUAACUGUAAUUAUUUAUUUAAAACAGAAUUUCAUGAACCUGAAAAUGUAUGUGUUUAAUGCACUCAGUGAAACUUUAAGGUACACCUAGUACCAAACAGGAAACACUUUUGUCCUAUGAACACCAUGAUUCUUUAAAGCAUGGAAUCAACAAAGAGCCAAAAACAUUCUUUAUAAAUUUUGAUCCAUUGUAACUUUUUAGCAUUGCAUGGUUUCUGUGUAUUUUGCAGCCACACAUUCAUGUUUUAAACCUUAAGCCUAACACAAAAGGUUCUCAAUUGGACUGACAUUCUAGGACCCUUUGGGCCAUUAGAGUAAAUUAACUGAACUCUCAUUUUGAUGGAAUGACCAUGUGAUGAUGUCUGCCUUGUGACUUGGUGCAUUUAUCUUGUUUGAAGUAUGAAUUUGAAAAAAGUUACACAGUGGACAUGUUCAACAGCAAUGCUUAGGUAUGCUGUGGCACUCAAAUGACAUUCAUUUGGAAUUCUGACCUAUUGUGUCCCCAAAUCUUCAUACAUCCAGCACCAGUAACUUAUUAUUGACACAGGGCUAGAUAAUUGAAUAAAUGCUGACUAUGCCAAAUUUGACCCUCCCUUUAACAAUUUGCAUUACAAAUAAAAUCAUUAGACCAGCAGAUUUUUUUUUUCUAAACAUCAGUCAGUUUUGGUAAGUGUGUAUUUACUGUAGCCUCACUUUGCUCUUCUAAGCUGGCCUGAGUCUGGCCAGUCACCUCUAAGUUCUCACAUAAGAAAUGUUUUUGUCUACAAAACUGCUACUCACUACAUAUAUUAAGAGAUUUUAACACUUUAAAAUCACAGGAAUGUUGAAAACACCAUUCCUGGCAACGCCAGUCUUACCAUGUCAAAAACACUUUUAUCAUGCAUCCUUCCUAUUCAUGGUUGACUGUUUGGAUAGUAGGCUAUUAGCAUUAAUGAGCACAUGUACCUAAUAAAGUAGCCACUCUGUGCAUAAAUGUAUAUGUCUUUAUGUGUAAAUACUGUCUGUACUCACUGUUUAAUAAAUUGUCAUUCAUCUUCUA